UGAGGUGUGCGAGAGAUUUGGCAUAGAUUAUCACGCAAUCAAGAAGCCACUAAAAAUAUCUGGAGUUGCUGAGCACACCUUUGCGCAUAGGUGUCUGGGUGUGGGUGGCUGGAUUCUUUGGGUUCUGUACUGUUCUGGAGGUGUAGCUGUAGGUUAUUUUCUAUUACUUUGGGUGUAAUUAGAGUAGUUUCUUUGUAUUUAUCCUGAAAAUGACGGCUCAGGUAGACUACCUGGCGGUGUUGUUCACCACCACAUCUGGCGCGAGCGGAGACCUCUUGGGUUCGGACGAGAAGGAUCUCGUGCAGUUGGUGUGGCAGCUCGUGGAUUUGAAUAACAAAAAGUUGGGGAAAGUGAAUGAGGUGUUAAUACGGCCUGAGCACUCCGACCUGGCAGAAGAUUGUCUGGGCGAGAGAGAGGAGGAGGAUGAAGUGGAGGACAGCGAGGAGUCUGUCUCUACAGUCACAGGCUUGGAGCACGCGCUAAACCAGUUCCAUCUGAGAUUGACCAAUGAAGUGAACACCUUGGGCACGGGCACGUCAGUGUGUGUGUGUACGGACGGGCAGCUCCACAUUCGCCAGGUUCUCCACCCCGAAGCUGCGGGCAAGAACCUGGCACUGCCAGAAUGUUUCAACUCCUUUUUUGACCUGAGGAAAGAGUUCAGGAAGCACUUCCCCUCUGCAGACACCAAGAGCCUGGAGGUGCAGUACAUGGCUGAAUCUCUCAGUGUAACUGUGGAGCCAGUAGCCAUGUUGGAUCCGACGGCCAUGUUGGCACCGGUCACAGCAGCACUGCAGGUCCAGACCAUGGCCAACAUCGUCCUAGCCCUGCUAUCUGAACCCUUACGUCACACAUUCUCAAACCCAGAGAGAGUCACUGAGAAGUUUGAAAGCGGCACUUGCAGUAAGAUGGAGCGUGUGUGUGAUAACACGGUGAUCAGAGCGAGGGGGUUGCCUUGGCAGUCAUCUGACCAGGACAUCGCUCGCUUCUUCAGAGGACUCAACAUUGCCAAGGGUGGCGCUGCGUUGUGUCUGAACGCCCAGGGUCGGAGGAACGGAGAGGCUCUGGUCCGCUUUGUCAGUGAGGAACACAGAGACAUGGCCCUGCAGAGACACAAACACCACAUGGGCAACAGAUACAUAGAGGUGUACAAGGCAACAGGAGAGGACUUCCUUAAGAUAGCAGGCGGUACCUCCAGUGAGGUGGCGUUGUUCCUGUCUCGUGAGGACCAGGUGAUCGUCAGGAUGCGAGGUCUUCCCUUCACCGCCACACCUGACCAGGUGCUGGCCUUCUUCUCCCAGGGGGAGGGGCCUAAAGAGGUGUGUCCUGUCAGUGGUGACAAGGAUGGCAUCCUAUUUGUGCGUUUCCCUGAUGGAAGGCCGACUGGCGACGCCUUCGUCCUAUUCGCCAGUGAGGAGCAUGCUCAGUGCGCUCUCAGGAAGCACAAAGACAUCCUGGGGAAGAGAUACAUUGAGCUAUUCAAGAGCACCGCCGCUGAGGUGCAACAGGUGUUGAACAGGUACUCGUCAGCCCCUCUGAUCCCCGUGGCUCCUGCCCCCCUGGUGUCAGUGUUGCCCUCCGUGUCUCUGUUGCCCUCUCCUGGUGGUGUGAGGGACUGCCUCAGGCUGAGGGGGCUGCCCUACACCGCCACCAUAGAGGAUAUACUGGCCUUCCUAGGAGAAUACACACAUGACAUCAGACCACACGGAGUACACAUGGUGGUCAACCAACAAGGUCGUCCGUCAGGGGACUGUUUCAUCCAGAUGCAUUCAGCGGAGCGGGCUUUCUCUGCCUCCCAGCGGGUCCACAAGCAGGUGAUGUCUGGUCCGGGCCAGGCUGGCAAGCGAGGGCUUAACAGUCGCUAUGUGGAGGUGUUCCCCUGUAGCGCUGAAGAGAUGGGUCUGGUGUUGAUGGGAGGCUCCCUCUCACACACACACACUCACACACACACCCGGACCAGGAGUGGGACAGGGCUCAGCCCGCCGCCAUGUAAGUCCAGACGUCUGUCUCCUCCCUCCUACUCCUUCCCACCCGCCCCUUCCAUCCUGCCUGCUGAGGCUGCCGGCCUAUUCCCUCCCAUUGGUCAGGUGCUGCUGAGUCCCCGCCCCCUAGGACCUGGACACGCUUACUACCCAGCUAGCACUCAGCUCUACAUGAACUACACUGCAUACUAUCCCAGUCCCCCAGGUUCUCCCAACACUAUAGGGUACUACCCCUCCCCCUCCCCUAGGGGAGUGGUCCGUAUGCAUGGGCUCGCCUACAAAGAACUGCUCAACACCAUUCAGGGAUACCAGAGUCCUAUGGAGGCAUUGCCUGUCCUGAGCGGUAUGAUUGGUCAGUCCAGCAGUGGUGAUGCUCUGAUGCCCUUUCCCCCUCUUCUGACCAAGCAGGGAGGGCACUACCUGGACCGAAACAUGCUGUAGAAGGCUCAAAGAUCCCCACACUGUCGCACACUACCCAUUACACACACACUAUACCAGGGGUGUCAAACUAAUUUUACCCCGAGGGCCACAUUGGGUUUUCACCCAGGUCUGGAGGGCCACACUGAAAAUUGGUUAUAUGUACUUUUAUUUUAUUUUAUAAGAAAUGGCUCGAUAUAUUAAAUUGUGCUGAAAACUUGACACUCCUGCACUACACUAUCACACAACACACACAACACACACAACACACACAACAAAAACAUACACACACACCAAAGGAUAUGUGGGGGAAUGUCCUGGCCUCCAGCUCUGAUGUAUGUUCCUAGUCUGAGUUGUAUAUACAGUGUAUAUGCAUGAGAGCAGAAAUUUAUUUUAUAUCAGAGCUUUGCCUCAGCCAAAAUGCAACUCUGUCUUAUAUUGCACACACUAUUUUAAAAAAGCUUUAUAGAGAUGUUAGAAGGUGUUAGAACCACUUCAGGAGACGUCUGUUAGAAGUAGAGCUGCGUUUAGUAGUAAUUAUUGAUCUGAACCUUUCAUCAUGACGUGUGUAAGUGCGUGUGGAUGCAUGUGUGUGUGUGUGUGAGAGAGAGAGAGCGAGAGAAAGAGGAAUGUUCAUACUGUCCUACUCUACGUAUAUGUAUAUAUUUUAUUUUAUACUGUCUGUUUAAAAACGUUAUAUGACAUUUUAUUUCUUUAUACUUUCUAUAAUUUUACAAUCCAAUACUAGAAUAUUGUAUUAGGAAGCUUCCUGCAUGAAGAAGUUAGUAGUGCUAGCUACACUCAGAUGUUUACAUGUUAUGGCAAAUACCAAAGCACUGCUAACCAAUCCGAUUACUAUACAGAUUAUACUAUAUAUCAACAGCAUAGUGUCUGACAUAAAAGUUACAUGUAGUUAGUUAAUCAAAUGCUGAAUCACUCCCACACCCCUCCCAUCUGACCUGUUUAUGGUUGCAUAGUGCCACUCCACCCUUGCCUUUUGUGUGUGACGCCAAGCUGAGCCCAGAGCCAGGAGAUCACUAUUCCUGUUGCCAGUGGUGUAAAGUACUUAAGUAAAAAUACUUUAAAGUACUACUUAAGUAGUUUUGGGGGGUAUCUGUACUUUACUAUUUAUAUUUUUGACUACUUUUACUUCACUACAUUCCUAAAGAAAAUGAUGUAUGUUUUACUCCAUACUUUUUCCAACACCCAAAAGUAAUUUUGAAUGCUCAGGCAGGACAGCAAUAUGGUCCAAUUCACGCACCUAUCAAUAUAAUGCAUUGUAAUCCCUACUGCCUCUGAUCUGUCGGACUCACUAAACACAAAUAUUGCGUUUAUAAAUGACGUCUGAGCGUUGAAGUGUGCCUGUCCAUAAAUUAAAAAAACAAUUAAAUCAUGUCGUCUGGUUUGGAAUAUAAGGAAUUUGAUGUAUAGCAUUUACUUUUUU